AUGAUCCCUGCAAAUGAGCAUGAUCGGCGCUGCGCAAAACAUGAUCUGUGGACACGUCUUUAUACUUCCAUCCACGGGGUUGUCUGGUACACCUUGAGUAAGCAAAACCCACACGGCCCGGGCCGGGGUUCCCGUCCGGCCGCAGCUCAAGAAGUUUCCACUUCCACCCUCUUCGCCUCAAUCAGAAUCAUGGCCAGUUUAUCACGCGCUGCGUUUUGUCCGCAGCUGGGGCUGUCCAUUCGACUCAGGGCUCGUCAAUUUCACUCCUCCCCACUCCGCGCAGCCGUCGCGCACCCUAUCACAGCUCAUGGUCCUCCACCAAACCCGCCAGCACCACCGGUCCCAUUGAAGGAAUCCGAACAGAAAAAAGAAAAGCAGGCUACAGAGAAGGAGCCCUCACAACCAUCAAAGUCUCAGCUGUUAAAGAAGCGAUUCUGGAAAGAUGUUCACAUCCAUGGAAAGCAAGAUGAAUACCAAGUGCUGCUUGAUAAAAGACCUGUGAGAACUCCGACCAAGGAGGUCCUCUCAAUUCCCCCCACGAAGCCCCAUCUCGCCCAUGCUGUCGCUUUGGAAUGGGACACGAUGACCUCCGCUCAACAGGCUUUGAAGAGUCAUCUUAUCCCGCUGACGUCUCUAUCUGCUCGAGCUGCCGACAUUGUUCGCGAAGACGCGCGCGGCGAAACCACCACCCGAGAUCAGAUCAUCAACACAGCCAUGCGCUACCUCGAGACCGACACGCUGCUGUGCUGGGAGCCCGAGCACGAGUCAUCUACAUUUGAACGGAAGGGAGAAGAUAAACAGAUCGAGAGUCUACGCGAAAUCCAAAUUCGAGUCGCCAAGGACAUUAUGAGUUUUUUGUCUACCAAGGUUUGGCCGGGACUCGAGAUCGUGCCUAUCCUCGGCUCGGACAGCAUUCUUCCUGUGGCCCAGCCUCCCACAACCCAGGACAGUAUCAAAAAAUGGGUUUCUGAGCUUGCACCGCACGAUAUCGCUGGUCUGGAGAGAGGGAUCUUGGCCUCCAAGAGUCUUCUCGUGGCAGUGCGGUUGUUGGUGGAAUGGAGCGAGAAUUUCCGCUCCAUUCAACGAUCGGCAACCGAUACCAAAAAGUUUGGACUCGAAGAGGCUGCCGAGGCCUCGAGCUUGGAGGUAAAGUGGCAGACCGACAUGUGGGGUGAAGUCGAGGAUACUCACGAUGUGGACAAAGAAGAUCUGAAGCGACAGUUGGGCAGUGUAGUGGUGCAUAAGCGCUCCCGCAGCUCCCUGGCGCUUGCCCUGUUACACCGCGAUAAAUCCAAGGGGGAUGACAAGGAUCCCCAGGACGAAACCUCCGAAAACUCCUCCUCCGUCGGCUCAGUGUCGACGAGUGGAUCAUCUCCACUAUCCCACAAUCGCAGCUUCAGCCGCCAACAUCGCCAAAAGGCUAACCCAAAUCCAAGUCCACCAUCCCCUCCCUCGUCAUCCCAGCGGGCUCUUGAACCAACAGCUUCCAACCAAAGUCAGCAAGGUACAGACGGGAUGGAGCAAACACCGUCAGUGACGCCGCAGACGGAAGGCGGAAGCUUAUCUCUGGAUCAGUCAGUUCGGACGUUCCGUCUCUUCGAGAUACUGCGCAGUGGUGAUACAACAGCCAUCGCGAAGGCAAUCAAAGAGUCCAAGGAUCCUCAAGUAGCCAACUCAUUAUACGGGACAACUAUUCUUCACCUCGCUCUCCAGUGUGCGGAACCUCAGGUCGUAGAGUUCGUCUUAUCUUCGGGAAACGAACUCGACAUUAAUGCCCGUGAUCGGGAGGGAAACACUCCACUGCACUUGGCAGCUCAAUUGGGCCGUGUUGCGCUUGUCAAGGAACUUCUGAAUCAUCCCUCCAUAAAUGACGCAAUAGUCAACUACCGAGGCCAGACAGCUCUUGAUGUCGCGCGCACUCCGGAGAUCUUCCAGCACUUGCAGCUGGCCCGCUCGCUCUUUAUCGACAGCAAGACCCAGGAGAUUCAGUCCCUGAUCGCAAAGAAGGAAUAUGAUAACCUGGAAAAGCUCCUUGAGGAGCCUCGUGUGGAAGGGAUCUUGGACGUGGACAGCUUAGAUUUGGUCACCGAUCGCACGACCCUCCAAUCCGGGGGCACCUUGCUGCAUGAGGGUGCUCGUAACAAAGACGCACAACUGAUAUCGAUCUUGCUGACGCAUGGUGCGGAUCCUUUCCGACGCGACAAGAAAGGCAAAUUACCACAGGACGUUACCAAGGAUGACAAGACACGCGCCCUUUUGAAGAAAUCCCCCGCGGCUGCUAUUGCUCAGCGCGGCAUCCAAGAGAAGGCUAUCAUCGGGAACACGAAUGCUCAAGGUCUUGCUGGUCGAGUCUCCGCUGGGGAGGCAGCUCUAGCUGGUAAGGAUGCACGUGAAAUGAGAGGUUAUCUUAAGAAGUGGACCAAUUAUACAAGCGGCUAUAAGCUUCGUUGGUUCGCUCUGGAGGAUGGUGUUCUAAGUUACUACAAACAUCAAGAUGACGCUGGCUCUGCUUGCCGUGGAGCAAUCAACAUGAAGAUUGCUCGACUCACCAUGGAUGCUCAAGAUAAGACCCGAUUUGAAAUACAUGGCAAAUCAUCAGUGAAAUAUCACCUCAAGGCCAACCACGUCGUGGAAGCCAAGCGGUGGUUCUGGGCCCUUAACAAUGCGAUCCAGUGGGCCAAAGAUGAAGCUAAAGAGGAAGAGCGUCAACGCUCAAAGAAUGCAGAAGCGCUACGCCAGGCCAAGCUCGACCAAAACACUGGAGAUACUGCUUCCGAGUCUGGUCUGAGUCGCAAGGCGAGCUCGAGUAAGGCUCCGACUGGUUCGACUUUAGGAGUACCAGGUGCUAGCAGCAACAGGCUUAACACCUAUGCAUCUCGGACAACCCUUGAGACGGCGACUAUUGAGGAGGAAGAGUCACUGUAUGGCUCCGUUGACCAAAGCACCACUCCCAAUGAUGUGAACCGAAUCUUCAACCACACCACAGCACCCGAUGGGGAGGAAGACGAGUUUGAUGAUGGAGAUUAUGCCUCUAGCCAUGAGGUCCCGGCCAAUGAUAAGGAUGCUCUCAAUAUUACUGCUCAAUCUGCCAAGCUCCAACUAGAUCUUCUUGCCAGUGUUGCCGCAUCACUGCAGGCAGAAAGGUCCAGGAAUCCGGAGAUGUCCUUAGCUGAUCCUGCUGUUGAGCAGGCCCUUACCACCUACGAGAGCGCCACAAGCAGUCUCAAGGGACUGGUACAAAGCCUUUUGAAAAUAUCCAGAGACCGCGAUUCAUACUGGCAAUACCGAUUGAGCCAAGAAGAACGUCUCCGCCGGAUGUGGGAGGAGAGCAUGGCUCGUGUUGCCCAGGAGCAUGAAGAACUGCAGUCGAGGAUGGGCGAAUCCGAGGAAAAGCGCAAGCGAACCAAACGUGCGUUGAAGGAGGCACUUGAGAACGCGACCGCCAACAGUCGAGGGAUCAGCGGCCCGCCAUCCCGGUCAACAACGAACCCAUCUACGGCGCUUGAGGCUUCCCAAAGUGAGGCCCCGGGCCCCAAGGCAGCAUCUUCUGAGGCUGCCGAGACAGCUCAACAGGAGGUCAAGCCUAGCCUCUCCCGCAAGCCAUCUGGCCUUAGCAGUCUCUACGACUCGGAGUCUGAUGAGGAUGAAUUUUUUGACGCCAUUGAUGCUGGUGAAAUCGAAGUUGAGGACUUCAAUCAAGCCACUGAAGCGCAAGAAUCUCAAGAAUCAGUGGAUGGGAGUGCUCAGGCGCGUAACGAAAAAGCCCUUGCAAUCAAGCCCUCCUUUAAAGGCUACGAAGAUCCCGUGCGGGAAAGGCUGAAGAUGGACAGUGAUGACAGACCCAAGAUCUCUCUAUGGGGAAUUCUCAAGUCCAUGAUUGGCAAAGACAUGACCAAAAUGACUCUGCCUGUGUCUUUCAAUGAGCCGACUUCUUUGCUUCAACGAGUUGCAGAGGAUCUUGAGUACACUGACCUUCUUGACGUUGCUGCUGAUCGCACUGAUUCGAUGGAGCGUCUGGUCUACGUAGCUUCUUACGCAGCGAGUGAGUACGCCUCUACAAUUGGACGUGUUGCGAAACCCUUCAACCCUCUCCUUGGAGAGACGUUCGAAUAUGUGCGUCCCGAUAAGGGUUACCGCUUCUUCAUAGAACAAGUCAGCCAUCAUCCCCCCAUUGGAGCUGCUUGGGCAGAGUCUCCAAAGUGGGACUACUGGGGAGAAUCUUCGCUCAAGUCUAAGUUCUACGGUAAAUCUUUCGAUAUUAAUCUUCUUGGUACCUGGUUCCUCAAAUUGCGUCCCUGCACUGGGGGUGAAGAGCUUUACACCUGGAAGAAGGUUACAUCCUCUGUUAUUGGUAUCAUCACAGGAAACCCAACAGUGGAUAACUAUGGUCUGAUGGAGAUCAAGAACUGGACGACCGGUGAAGUCUGCUACCUUGAUUUUAAACCUCGUGGCUGGAAGGCAUCCUCUGCCUACCAAGUCACUGGAAAGAUAGUCGACAAUACUGGCUCUCCCAAGUGGAGUAUCGGCGGUCGCUGGAACGACAAAAUUUAUGCUCGUCAUACUCCUGGAUUCGAGGCUCCUGUCUCUGGUCAGGACCCAGAGUCUGCCAAGACCCUCUUGGUUUGGCAAGCACAUGAACGGCCCAAAGGCGUGCCCUUCAACUUGACUCCUUUUGUCAUUACCCUGAAUGCUCUUCCUGAUAACCUCAGACCAUGGUUGCCUCCUACGGAUACCCGACUCCGUCCGGAUCAAAGAGCCAUGGAGGAUGGAGAGUACGAUCUUGCUGCCAAAGAGAAGCACCGCGUUGAAGAAAAGCAACGUGCUAAACGGAGGGAGCGCGAGGCCAAGGGCGAAAUUUACCAGCCUCAGUGGUUUAUGAGAGACAGGUGCCCUAUCACCGGUGAAGAAUUCUGGGCUCACAACGGUAAAUACUGGGCCAGCCGCGAAAGCAAGGAUUGGAGUCUCGCCCAAGACAUCUUUUCCACGGAUGAAUAA